AACAGAACUGCAACCACGGCCAUCACUACCCAUUUCCUGUAGUGUGCUUCCUGAGCAGCCAUCCUUCCUUCCACUAGUCAAAGUUGUUCGUCCAAGGUACUCAGCUUCAACCUUCAACAUAUCUCCAAAAACAUCAGAGACUCCUAUUGAAUCUUGCUCUGAGGACCUGGCAGCUGCCUGCUGAAAAGGGAGAAGGCAGGAGGCAUGGCUUCUGGAUCUACUUUGUCUAUGUGUCCCCUGCCUUCCCUCUGCCUCGCUCCCUCCCUCCCUCAGCUGUCCUUGCCAGCCCCUCCCUCCCCUCGCAGGAAUCACGCUUCAUCCCGCCAGGGAUCAAAGGACGCGCCAGCAGCAGAGCCACCAACACACCUACCUCUCCACGCCACGUCACGACCUGGUCAGCGCAAACCCCUGCCACCCUCGCCUCCACUGCCGCCGCAGCGACAUGAAAAGGCAACAGAUCAAGAGAAGAGAAGAAAGAUUAACGUUGAGCUUGCAGCACCCUCUUGCCGCCAUUUAUCUAUUAUGAUCCAUUGGUAGCUCUUGGCAUCGCCUUGACAAUACUUAUAUUCAUAAUUUCCAAACCGAAGACCAUACGGAAAGAUUUCAUAGAUUAUCAUCAACUAUGGAAUGAAGACGUGUGAAUACUACUAAUAAUGAACAACGUGUGUGUGUGUGUGUGUGUGUGUGUGUGUGUGUGUGUGUGCGCGCCUACUGAAUAGUAUAAGUGUUCCCUGCAAACUUGAUCAACCACCUCGUGCUGACAGCCAAAAAAACAUCGAGGCAACCCA